AUGCUCGAGACGGUGGAGAGUCACCGCAACGCCUUGAUCGUGGAGGUGUUUAAUCUCAUGAACGUGUUUCUUGAGUGGAAACUAACAUCGAAUCUUCAGGUGUUCACAUCGCUCCUGUCUAUCUACAUGCGCCGUCGUGAAGUAGGCAAUGCUGUUGCGCUCAUUGGUGCGAUGGAAGAGCAUGGUGUCGUUCAGCAUGUGAAGGCAAUCACGACUGUGGCGUUCAUUUGUGCAUCUCGCGGUGACUUGAAGGCUGUGUGUUACAGGUGGUAUCGUGAAUGGCCUGCGAGAACACACGAUGAUGACCAAGAUGAUGAUGACCAAGACAAAUGA